AAAUUGAAGAACACUUAGAGCAAUCUUUCCUCUUCCUGUCUUGUGUCCGUGUUAUAUCAAUUUAUAAUCGUCAAUAUACAGAGCUUAUUCAUUUUUAAGCCAAAUCGAAAGUAGAGUCUAUUUGUUGGUAUUUAGGACAUUUUAGCAUUAAAGAAUGGACGAUGUUCUCUUCCAGACCAUGGGUUGGCGGUGGCCUGUAUUGACUGUUUCCUGUGCUGUUUUUGUAUAUUACUACAUAUACAGCCGCAGUGAUCCACGUGUAUCUGGCCACGUGUCAGCAAACAGCUCCUACGACUAUAUAAUUGUGGGAGCAGGGACGGCGGGUUGUGUUCUCGCCACCAGACUGUCCGAGCACCCGGAUAUUUCAGUCUUGCUCCUGGAGGCGGGCGGGUCAGAGGAAGAUAACCCCGUCAUCCGGGUACCUUUUGCGGCUCUAGAACUUCAGAAUAGUGAGGUAGACUGGGCGUAUAGAACUGAGCCCCAGCAGAAGGCGUGCCUUGGCAUGGACAAACAGAGAUGUGCAUGGCCCAGGGGGAAGGUUCUGGGAGGGUCAGGAUCUAUAAACAAUCUAAUUUACGUCCGAGGAAAUCGCCAUGACUAUGAUGGCUGGGCGAGGGAAGGCUGCGAUGGUUGGAGCUACAAGGAGGUACUACCGUACUUCAUCAAAUCCGAGGACAUUCAAAUACCGGAAUUUAGAAACUCAGCUUACCGCGGUAAAGGGGGACCACUCCCUGUUAAGGAUGGCACCGUCACUCCCCUUGCUGACAUAUACAGACAGGCAAUGGAGGAAUUAGGGUACACAGACACAGACUGCAACGGCAGAACCCAGACAGGGUACUGUCCCACACAGGAGAACGUCAUGGGAGGGGAGAGAUGGAGCACAGCUCGAGCCUUCCUCCGGCCCGCCAUGAAUCGCCCCAACCUCCACGUCAUAAUGAACGCCCACGUCACCAAGAUUUUGACAGAUGAAAAGACGGUGACAGGUGUGUCCUUCAUCAAAGACAACAUAAAACACACCGUAAGGGCCACAAAGGAGGUCGUGUUGACAGCCGGCGCCAUUAACAACCCCCAGCUACUUAUGCUGUCCGGCAUAGGGCCAAAGAAACAUUUACAGCAAAUGAAUAUUCCGGUUAUGGCCGACCUUCCGGUUGGAGACAAUCUACAGGAUCACAUCUUGAUGGGGGUCACCUUCAAUGACCGGACCAAUAGCGCGGGGGCGGCGCUGCCCUCACUGGCCACCAUGUUACAGUACCUCAUCUUUCGGUCAGGCACACUCAGCGAACCACAUUUAGAAGCCAGUGUAUUCAUUAAAGACGACGACAGCCAAUUUCCUUCAACACAAUUUACGUUUUAUAGCAUCCAGAACCAUCCAGAACUUAUCGACAAAUUCAUUAAGCUGACGAAUCUUGAUCCAAAGAUAAGAGAUGGGAUGCGAGAGAGAUUCCAAAAAAGCAUCAACACAGAAAUAGGGACGUUUUUUGUAGAAAAUAUACUUCUCCACCCAAAAAGUCGUGGAACUAUUCGACUUCAAAGUGCAGACCCGUUUGAUCCUCCGCUCAUUGAUCCCAACUAUUUAGAUCACCCGGAUGAUGCAAAGGUCCUCCUUAAAGGUAUAGAUACGAUGAUGAAAAUAGCCAAUACAACCGCGUUCAGGUCUAUUGGCGCCUCACCUAACGACCCCUCGGACGAGUACCUGCCCCCAUGUAAUGAACUGCCUUUCCCCUCUAAGGAGUACUGGGUCUGUAGGAUGACCCACUAUGCCUAUACAGUGUACCACCCCACGUCUACCUGUAAAAUGGGGGCGGCGAAUGACGUCACUGCAGUGGUAGAUCCACAACUCAGGGUAAUUGGAAUAAAGAAUCUCCGAGUAGCGGACGCUUCCGUCAUGCGCAAUAUACCAUCAGGAAACACAAACGCUCCAACGAUAAUGAUUGCAGAGAAAGCAGCAGACUUGAUCCUAGGGAUAGACAGUGUUAAACAUAUCAGGAAGGUGACAGAAAACUUAUGACGAACAUGAAAUUAGGGAAAUCUAUAUAAAAGAAUGAGGAAGUGUGUUCAUUAUAGACCGGAAGUGUUUCACUAAACAUUAACACUUGAAAUCCAGUUUUUCGAAAUCCACCGAUAACAAUAUAGGUAUUAAAUUAUGUCUUUUUAAGAUUAUCUUAUGUAACCUUGACUCAUUCAUUGUUAAUGUUUUCUCUCAAAUCUAUGAAAAUUAAGCAGAUUAAAAGAAAUAUAAACUCCAUACUAAGGCAGUGCUCAUCGGUAACCGGAUUUAAUCAAACUUUCGUGCCUAGGUUUUUAUUCAGUUUAGGUAGACAUGAGGAUCGGUGUGUGUUUCAAACGACACGUUCCUCAAUUUUAUGUAACUUUUUCCAGGAAUUUGUUAUUGAUUUACUACUUCUUUGACAAGCUUUCUUGCAAAAUAUUAGGAUACCUUACCAGGCAUUUCUGCAAAAUACCAUAGUAUGCAAUCUCCUAUAUAAUCUUUUUGAAAAUACACUUGAAUUUCUGGUAUAAAAAUUAAAAAAAAAUAUACAGCACAGGAAAAUUCACUAUAUUGGAACUUCACUGGGGCCGGUGCUUGAACUCACGACCUAUGAAACCUGCGCUCCUAGCAGGGAGAGGCCACCGCUCUAACCACUUGGCCAUCAAGGCAUAUAACUAUAUUUAAAUAAAAUUUCAAUCAAAUUAAAAAUGAUUUUAAAUAAUAAUAAUUUUAGUGGAACUCUUUAUCACGAGGAUAUACAAAAAAAAGAUGCUUGAGGAACGUGUCAUCUGAACUUAAAAAAACCAUAGAGCAUGAAUCAGGUAACUAAAUAAGACUGGUAACGAGAACUGUUUCUUUUUAUUAUGCUUGUUUUUCUCAGAAACCAAUCAUGUAUGUAUUGUAUCAUGUAUCAUAUCAAGAAAAUGAAAGAAGAAUAACUCAUGUGAGUGUUUAAAGGGAGAAAGUUUUUUUAAUGUUGCAUACCUGAAUGAGUAAUUGCCGAGUAAAUCCGAUGAACUACCUGUAUCUAUAUGUCACUGUGUAUGAUGGUAACUUGUUUUGCAUGAUGGAACUGUGUGGCUUGUACACGUGAGUGAAAUAAUAAAAACAUAUAUCUUG